GUUAGACUCUUCCCUACUGACAGCAAAUUAUUACUCAGCGGUUUUUUCGCGCUAGUAGUACAACUAAAGCGCUGACUACACGAGACUUAGAGCACACAGGCAGUUGCUGUCACCGAUGGCUCACACGGCCAGGACUGAAGACGAUAAAGUCGAAUUUUUCGAUUCGCCCGAUGCUCUAGACGAGAAGAUUACGACGCUAGCUCAGUGGAUCAAACAAGCAUCUCAUUUCAUUGCGUUUACGGGUGCGGGCAUCAGCACGGCAGCUGGAAUACCAGAUUUUCGAAGCGGGAUGAACACGGUCCUAGAGACGGGACCAGGAGCUUGGGAGCUUCGCGCGAAGGGCGAAACACGCUCGAAGAAGAGGAAGGUUGUCAGCACUGUAAAAGCGAUACCCACGCCUACACACAUGAUGAUGUUGCAAUUGUGCCAGAAUGGUUCUCUAAAGGCUGUCAUUAGUCAGAAUACAGACGGUUUGCAUCGUCGAAGUGGACUUGGCAAACAAGAAUUGUAUGAAUUACAUGGAAAUUCAAAUCUGGAGGUGUGUAAAUCUUGUCGUCGUGAAUAUCUGAGGGAUUUCAGGACACGUUCGGCAGCAAAAGUGCACAACCAUCUAACAGGUAGGAAGUGCGAUGAUCCUCAUUGCAGAGGAAAAUUGAGAGAUACAAUUAUUAAUUUUGGUGAAGACUUACCAGAAGAUGUGCUUGAAGCAAGUUUGAAACAUGCUAAAGUAGCAGACUUGUGCCUAGCAAUGGGAUCCAGUCUAACUGUUACACCAGCUGCAGACAUUCCUAAGAUUGUGGGAAAGAAACGUAUUGAAACUGGUGGUCUGGUUGUAGUCAACUUGCAAAAAACUCCACUGGACCAUUUAGCUUCAAUGAGAAUUCAUGCAAAGUGUGAAGAUGUGUCAAGAUUAUUAAUGGAUAAGCUGGGAGUGCCAAUACCAGAAUUUAGAUUGCGGAGGAAGAUACAAAUCUCACAGAAGAUUGCAUCUCACUUACCCAGCUGUGAGGUCUCUGUUCAAGGGUUGUCGUCUGAUGGAUUUCCUUUCUCUUUUAUUGAGAAAGUUGAAUUUAGGUUGUCUAGCUUGAAGGAAACGACUGUUUCAAAGGAACCAUUCACAUUCACUAUACCCAACACCAAACAACCUAGAAUGUCACUGCAGCUUAAAGUUUGCUUCUUUGCCCAUUACGGUGAACCUUCUCUAGACUUCAAGUGGGAAGAGAAAUCUACCAAGAAUGUUACUAAGAUUUAUACAUUGGAAUUUGAUCCAUUUACACAGAAGUGGGCAGAUCUCGUAGUUGGUGUUGAUGAUCUAGCAGCAAAGCUAGAGGCAGCUGCUCUCUAGAGACAAUAUUGACACAAUUUUUAUGUUGAUGCAAACUUGUAUGGUUGGCCUUAA